CCGCCGCCGAGCGCAGGGGCGCGCGGGUCAAGCUGCAAGCCGAGACGGCAGAAACCGCUGCGCGUGAGUUUCCCGGGGCUGCGGUCGCGGCGCUGCCGGCCUGGCCGGGUUGGCUGCGUGAGGUAAACUCUUGCUGAGGAGGGAAAAAUGCCUAAAAAGAAGACUGGGGCCAGGAAGAAGGCCGAGAACCGCCGGGAGCGUGAGAAACAGCUGAGGGCUUCCCGGGGCACCGUGGACUUGGCUAAACACCCGUGUAAUGCCGCAAUGGAGUGUGACAAAUGUCAAAGACGACAGAAGAAUAGAGCAUUUUGCUACUUUUGUAAUUCUGUACAGAAGUUACCAAUUUGUGCACAGUGUGGGAAAACAAAGUGCAUGAUGAAAUCUUCUGAUUGUGUCAUAAAGCAUGCUGGUGUGUACAGUACUGGCCUUGCAAUGGUGGGUGCAAUUUGUGACUUCUGUGAAGCCUGGGUGUGCCAUGGGAGGAAGUGUCUCAGCACACAUGCGUGUGCCUGCCCGCUAACUGAUGCUGAGUGCGUGGAGUGUGAGCGCGGUGUCUGGGAUCAUGGAGGCAGAAUAUUCAGUUGCUCUUUUUGCCAUAACUUUCUCUGUGAAGAUGAUCAAUUUGAGCAUCAAGCCAGCUGCCAGGUUUUAGAAGCAGAAACAUUUAAAUGUGUUUCAUGUAAUCGGCUUGGUCAGCAUUCAUGUCUCCGUUGUAAGGCUUGCUUCUGUGAUGAUCAUACAAGGAGCAAGGUGUUUAAACAAGAAAAAGGAAAACAACCCCCUUGUCCUAAAUGUGGGCAUGAAACUCAGGAGACCAAGGAUCUCAGCAUGUCAACGCGCUCCUUGAAAUUUGGCAGGCAGGCUGGAGGUGAAGAGGGUGACGGAGCUUCUGGGUAUGACGCGUACUGGAAGAACCUUUCAUCUGACAAAUACGGGGAGAGCAACUACCACGAAGAGGAGGAGGAGGAGGAGGGUGAAGCAGAGGAUGAGGAGGAGGAAGAAGAUGAAGGUGGAAAGGAUUCAGAUGCUGAACCGUCAGAUCUGUUUACAAACUUGAAUUUAGGAAGGACCUAUGCCAGUGGCUAUGCUCACUACGAGGAGCAAGAGAACUAGGGCGGCUGCUUGGCGCUCCGUGCCCGUGUGUCCGGGGAGCGCGAAUGCGUGUGUGCUUGAUGUGCUAUGUGCAGAGGGUCAGGAUGAGAAGACUAACCCCACACUGGGCCAGUGUGUAGCACAUGGCAUUUUCAUAGGAACUGGUAAUCAGGCUUAAAACCCAAAACAAGGUUCAAAUGUAAGAUGUUUAUUGAUAAGCAAAUAAAGCAUCAUGGAUUAGUUUAUUAAUGAUCUCAGUAGUCUAGUAGGUUUGCCAAUUAGAUCCAUUUAUAUUGGAUAAAGGAAUAGCUCAGUAAUAUAUUUACUUGAAAUUAAAUUACUGGUUUUAUUAAAAAAACUGCUUAUGAAUUCAUUGUAUCAGAUUUUAUAAAACAUAGUGAAUAAAUGGAUAACUAUUUUUUAU